AUGGAAGAACUGGGCCUAGCGGGCCCUGAGGCCAAGGAAUUGGAGGCAGGAGGACAAGAUCUUUGUGUUGUUCAGGUUGGGACCGUCCAGGAGCUUCUGACCAGGGCAGCCCCACCACAAAUUAAAAAGGAACCAGAUGAGGCACUUCAACAGCACUGGGAGACCCAGUGGCAGGAGUUCCUGAGGAGGAUGCAGUCUCCUCAGGCGGGAUGGGGGCGGCAAAGUCCACGUCUGCCUCAGCUCUGGUCAAAGGACGAUGCUGAGGACUUCCAGGCCUCUGUCAAGGCCAUUGUGGAUACCAUCUGGUGGCCUGCAGGAGAGCACAUGGCCCAACCCUUGCCAGGCCUACUCAGAGAGUCCAAUGAGGUCGGUCAAAGGCUGGAUCCUUCUGUGAAAGUGAAGGAAGAGGUUCCGGAUGAGGAAGACACCGCCAGUUUGGAGUUGCGUUGCCGGUGCUUCCGGCAGUUUGGCUACAAGGAGGCUGGGGGGCCCCGAGAGGGCUUGAGCCAACUCCGUGAACUUUGCCACCGGUGGCUGGCACCGGAUGCACACACCAAAGAGCAGAUUCUGGAUCUGGUGAUCUUGGAGCAGUUCCUGGCCAUCCUGCCUCCGGAAAUGCAGAGCUGGGUGAGAGAACGGGGCCCCGAGACCUGCGCCCGAGCGGUGGCUCUGGCAGAGGAUUUCUUGCUGAGGCUGUGUGAGGUCAAGGUGCCGGGACGAAAGGUACAGGGGCCUUUGGACAAGGCGGCUGCUAAUUCCCCCAAGGCAGAAUGGGAUCCGUCGAAUGCUGUGGAGUCCAGUGCCAUGGAGUCGCCUUUGCCUAUGGAGGUCAAGCCGGAGGAGGAUGAAGCUGAUGGGCACAUUUGGAUGGACUUUGGAUUGAAAAGACACAAGAAAGUUGAUGGGAUGCCAUUGACAGGAGCCCAAGGCGGGUUACCACAGGGUCUGGAGGAGCUAGAAGAGGCACCAGGGAGACAGAUGUGCCCCUCAGAACAGCCAGAGGAGACAGAAGGCCGAGCUUUCCUGUAUAGCAAAGGUUUCAAUGUGUGUCCCUCCCAAAAGGGCUUUUUGAAAGUUGUGGGAGAGAAAACAGGCACCAGCAGCAAGAAAAGCUGCCCUCUGAGAGCGGACCUUCCCAAGAAAGCCCAGAAGAUGUACGAAUGCGCCUAUUGUGGCAAAAUCUGCAACAACAGCGCUCACCUGGUGAUCCACGAGAGAAUCCACACGGGCGAGAAGCCGCAUAAAUGCUCCGAGUGUGGGAAAAGCUUCACCCAGAAAGGAAACCUUACCACACACAAGAGAAUCCACAUGGGGGAGAAGCCCCACGAGUGCCGGGACUGCGGGAAAAGCUUCAGUCGGAGGCAACAGCUCGUGAGGCACGAGAGGAUCCACUCGGGAGAGAAGCCCUACAGAUGCGCCGUCUGCGGGAAAAGCUUCUGCCGGAAGGACUCUCUCAUCACCCACAAGGGGACCCAUGCGCGGGAGAAGCCCUUCGAGUGCUCUGACUUUGGGGAAGGCUUCCCUUCCAAUGCUGGACUUCAAAAAACGUAAUAUAUCCAUGCACACCAGGUCAUAGACAUGUUCAUAACGGGGGAUUUGACUGUACGGACAUCCAUGACUGGAGUGUCAGGCUGGGACUGGUGUGACACUCUGCCUGGCCUACCUCAUAGGGUUGGUGUGAGGCUCAAAUGGGCAGUGGUGGAACACUGUGUGCUGCCCUAAGCUCCUUAGAGCAACCUCCCCAAACCUGCUGCCCUAUGGAUAUUUUUUGGGACUACAACUCCCCAGGUCAGGAAGGGGGGGUGCUUUAAUGAGAGGGGG